AGCGGCUGUGGAAAAAGCACCACAAUUCAGCUUCUUCAGAGAUUCUAUGACCCUUUUGUAGGGGAGGUGACUGUGGAUGGGCAUGACAUACGCACCCUCAACGUGAAGUGGCUACGUGAAAACAUUGGAGUUGUUAGCCAAGAGCCUGUUUUGUUUGGUACAACAAUCAAAGAAAACAUCCGCUAUGGAAGAGAAGAUGUCACUGAUGCUGAGAUCAUACAAGCUACUAAAGAAGCCAAUGCCUAUGAUUUUAUAUCUAAACUCCCAGAUGGUUUAGACACCAUGGUGGGUGAGAGGGGAGCUCAACUGAGUGGAGGACAGAAACAGAGAAUAGCUAUUGCCCGAGCUCUUGCACGUAACCCCAGAAUUCUGCUGCUUGAUGAAGCCACAUCAGCUCUGGACACACAAAGUGAAAGAAUUGUACAGAACGCUCUAGACAAGGUAAUAAGAGUCUGUUGA